UUAGAUGGCCGGAGAAACUUCCUUUCCGGUCAGAAUGACGACAACGGUGACCUCGAGGUGCCCACCGGCAUCGGAAGCAGCCGGCAUGCCGUCCCGAAGCUGGGCGAGCUUCUUAAGCACGUUGGGGACACCGCCCGCGCCACCGAAGCCCUGUCGCAGCCUUCCCCGGAUCACCGGGCCCUGCAGAUGGAGGAAACCGCGAGACCCGUGCCGUUUGUUCUGUCCUUCACCGACCUCACCUACAGCGUCCGUCUGCGGCGCAAGGUGCUCGCCGGGCGCAGCUCGAAGACGCUGCCGUCGACGACCGUCGACGCUUCCUUCCCCGCCGGCAGCGUGGGCAAGUUCUCCGAGACGAAGACGCUGCUGAACCGGAUUUCCGGAGAGGCCCGGGAUGGCGAGAUCCUGGCCGUGAUGGGAGCGAGCGGGUCGGGCAAGUCCACGCUGAUCGACGCGCUGGCGAACCGGAUCGCGAAGGGGAGCCUGAAGGGGAACGUCACGCUCAACGGCGAGGCGCUCGAUGAUCGGUUGAUGAGGUCCAUCUCGGCUUACGUGAUGCAGGACGAUCUCCUUUUUCCUAUGCUCACAGUCGAGGAGACACUCACCUACUCGGCAGAGUUCCGGCUUCCUCGCACCCUGUCCAAGUCGAAGAAGCGAGAGCGUGUGCAGGCGCUGAUCGACCAGCUGGGCCUCCGCCGGGCGGCCAAGACGAUCAUAGGGGACGAGGGCCACCGCGGAGUCUCCGGCGGGGAGAGGAGGCGGGUCUCCAUCGGCAUCGACAUCAUCCACGAUCCCAUCCUCCUGUUUCUCGACGAGCCCACCUCGGGGCUCGACUCCACCAGCGCCUUCAUGGUCGUCAAGGUCCUCCAGAGGAUCGCCCGCACCGGCAGCAUCGUCAUCAUGUCCGUCCACCAGCCCAGCUACCGUAUCGUCCAGCUGCUUGACCGCAUGAUCAUCCUCUCCCGCGGCAACACUGUUUACAGCGGCACCCCUUCGAACCUCCCCACCUUUCUGUCGGAAUUCGGUCGGCCGGUGCCGGAGAACGAGAACCAGACGGAGUUCGCACUCGACCUCAUCCGCGAGCUCGAGGUUAGCCCCGCAGGCAUCGCGGGCUUGGUAGAGUUCCACAACAAUUGGCGAGCCACCAGGUUCGUCCGCUCGCCGGGGCCAGACCAGCUGGGUCUGACGCUGAAGGACGCCAUCAGCGCGAGCAUUUCGAGGGGGAAGCUCGUCUCGGGCAAUGCCACGGAGGGAGGGCGGAGCUCGUCCCGCUCCGGCUCCAUGCCGGCGUUCGCGAACCCAUUCUGGAAGGAGACGGUCAUCCUCACGAAGCGGUCUGCGUCCAACACUCGGCGCACGCCGGAGCUCUUCUUCAUGCGCCUGGCGGCGGUGGUGGUCACCGGCGUCAUCCUGGCCACCAUGUUCUGGCGACUCGACACCUCGCCUAAGGGAAUCCAGGAGCGGCUCGGUUUCUUCGCGUUCGCCAUGUCCACUACCUUCUACACAUGCGCCGACGCGCUCCCCGUAUUCCUGCAGGAGCGUUAUAUCUUCAUGAGGGAGACCGCCUACAACGCCUACCGUCGCUCCUCCUACGUCCUCUCCAACGCCAUCGUCGCUGCCCCGCCUCUUGUCCUCCUCUCCGUCGCAUUCGCCGCCAUCACCUUUUGGGCCGUCGGCCUCGCCGGAGGAACGCAAGGCUUCCUCUACUUCCUGGCCAUAAUCUUCGCCUCCUUCUGGGCCGGCAGCGGCUUCGUCACCUUCCUCUCCGGCGUCAUCUCCCACGUGAUGAUGGGAUACACCGUGGUGGUGGCCGUCCUGGCCUACUUCCUCCUCUUCAGCGGCUUUUUCAUCAACCGAGACCGGAUUCCACUAUACUGGAUAUGGUUCCACUACAUCUCUCUGGUGAAGUACCCAUACGAGGGGGUUCUGCAGAACGAGUUCGACGAUCCGGUGAGGUGCUUCUCGACGGGGGCGCAGAUGUUCGACAACACGCCGCUGAAGGGUCUGGGGGCGGACACCAAGGCCGGGCUUCUCCGCGCGCUGAGCAGCUCCUUGGGCGUGAACGUAAACAUGACGUCGUGCGUGAUGACGGGAGUCGACAUACUGAAAGAGCAGAGCAUCACGCAGCUGAGCAAGUGGGAGUGCUUCUGGGCGACGCUGGCCUGGGGAUUCCUGUUCAGGUUAUUGUUCUACGUCGCCUUGCUCCUCGGCAGCAAGAACAAGCGCAGCUGAAGAAUCGAUCCCCAAAGAAGCGGACCGGCCUCAGGAGAACUCCGGCCAUGGCUGCCGGACUUGGUGUUUUCUUACUUUUUUUUGGAUAUAGUUUUGGAAUUUAUUCUUCUUUUCAAUUUUUUUCCCCAUAAAACUCGAAACGGUGUUGGUUUUUUCGGCGGGUCCGAAAUUGUGAACAGGCCCCAUGGUGUAAAAACUUUGUGAAAAAACAUAUAACUACGUCCCCGUUAA